AUGCAUAUUAGUUUGUGGAGACUUGGCUUCUCUGGAUACAGAUUUGUUGCGGCUGCAGAAGAUGUUUCGUUUUUGCUUAAAGCGAGACCUGAAUUCACUCAGAAGCUCUUCGACCAGUGGCUUUCGCUCGCGGAAGCUCAUCGACAGGUAACAUCAUUGCUUCAAGAUGCGAUGGCUGGAGCUCCUUUGAACGUUACUGGGAGUGCAUCUGGUUCAGGACCUGCCACCACCACUUCUUUACCAUCUAUGUUUCCGGGAAGUGCUCCUUCGCUUUCACCGAGGAGUUGUGGUUCACCGCGUUCAGUGAAAACAGAGGGUUCCUUUUAA